ACGGCGUUGGGCGUGGUUCGUAUAGGAAUGAAUACAACAGCAACCGAUGCGAUAUUUUUCAUUAAAUUGUUCACCACUAACCCUUUAUAAUAUUGUAAUAUUACCUUUUAAACGUUAUAACAAUUUUUUGUACACAUUAAUUACCUACCAGCGAUUGAUGUCUGCGCGUUAUUUUAUUUAGAUAAAUCACCCAACAUUUAACCCAUCGYUUUUCAACUCAUUGGUUUCGCGAUAUAUUACGACGAUGUUGAAAGGGGUGUUGUGCGAUAACAGUGCGCUACCAGUACACGCGAGAUAAUAAGGUCCUUAAUCUUAGUGAUCUUAUAAACACUUAUAACACGAUGUCUAGCAACCGUUAAUGAAACGUGUAUUCGGGAUAUAUACGUCCUACUGCUUAACCUGACGGAUACAUCCAUGUCUUGACCUUAAAUAUUUGAUUUAUCUUGAGCAUUUGUGUCGGUCGAGACCGGAGGCCCUAGCCGUGCACAAUGAAUGAACUGGACUCACUAAGGCAAGAGGCUGAAACGCUGAAAAAUGCCAUUCGAGAUGCAAGAAAAGCAGCGUGCGACACAAGUCUGUCGCAAGCAACCACCAGCAUGGAACCGGUCGGCCGGAUACAAAUGCGAACGAGACGUACCCUCCGUGGACAUCUCGCCAAAAUAUAUGCCAUGCAUUGGGGUUCUGACUCCCGAAAUCUAGUAUCAGCCUCACAAGAUGGAAAGCUUAUCGUAUGGGACAGCUAUACGACAAACAAGGUGCACGCCAUACCACUUAGGUCUAGCUGGGUGAUGACGUGUGCAUAUGCCCCAUCAGGCAGUUUUGUUGCUUGUGGUGGCUUAGACAACAUAUGUUCAAUUUAUAGUUUAAAAACAAGAGAAGGUAAUGUAAGAGUUAGCCGAGAACUGCCAGGGCACACAGGUUACUUAUCAUGUUGUAGAUUCCUUGAUGAUAACCAAAUUGUAACUAGCUCUGGAGAUAUGUCAUGUGCAUUAUGGGAUAUUGAAACUGGCCAACAGUGUUCAUCGUUCAUUGGGCAUACUGGCGAUGUUAUGUCUCUGUCAAUGUCACCUGAUAUGCGGACAUUUGUAUCAGGAGCUUGUGAUGCUUCAGCAAAAUUAUGGGAUGUUCGAGAUGGAACAUGCAAACAAACGUUCCCGGGACAUGAAUCUGAUAUCAAUGCUGUCACGUUUUUCCCGAAUGGCUAUGCUUUUGCUACUGGCUCAGAUGAUGCUACCUGUCGUUUAUUUGAUAUUCGGUCUGACCAAGAAUUAGCCAUGUACUCACAUGACAAUAUAAUAUGUGGCAUAACAUCUGUAUCAUUUUCAAAAUCAGGACGUCUACUAUUGGCAGGUUAUGAUGAUUUCAACUGCAAUGUUUGGGACUCAAUGAAAGCUGAACGUGCCGGUAUAUUGGCUGGUCAUGACAACCGAGUCAGUUGCCUGGGAGUAACCGAAGAUGGCAUGGCUGUUGCUACCGGUUCUUGGGAUAGCUUUUUACGUAUUUGGAACUGAGUUGGCCCUCUGAUGAGACCUAUGAAGUCAACGCCAAACGGUCCCUGAAUUACAAAAAAAAAAAACCCCAAAAAACAGCUAAAUAAAUAAAUCAAUAAAAA